CUUACUACUGAAAUAUAAUUAUCGUAACUGCUGUCCAGGAUUGUUGAGUUCCUGCAUUGUCUAAAUUCAGUGUGUUCUGCAGAUCUGCUUGAUUGACAUUUAAAAGCCACUCCUCCCAUUGCUUGCCAUUCAACAGACCUUCAGCAAACAUUGCUUUUUAACGCGGUACAGCCAAGCAGGCAAGGCAAAUUUGAUCACAACAUUUCCCGGCACGAGGAGUCGAGAAAAGGAACAUCAUCGUACUCUGACUUAGGAUGCGUGACAACAUGUCGACAGCCCUGGUAUCGGCAUUCUAUGAAGUUAGUGAUGCUCUCUACAAUAACUAUAAGUUGCAGAACCCACCUCCAACAACGCAAAGGCAUCUAAAACUUGAAAGCAGAGCAGUGGGAACCCCGAUCAAUGGGGUUCUUCGGAGGCAUUCCACAAGUUCGGCAAACAUCACGAACGGAAACAUCGUGAACACACCAAACACCAAUGUUAACGUCAACGAUGUGGGGAAACUACGGGACCGCGCCAUGAGCGAGAGCGACCGUAACCAGCGGACCCAAACAAGUCGCUAUAAAACAGAACUUUGUCGCCCAUUCGAGGAGAACGGCACGUGUAAGUAUGGAGACAAGUGUCAAUUCGCCCACGGAAUGCACGAACUAAGAAAUCUCUCACGUCACCCUAAAUACAAAUCAGAGCUCUGUCGCACAUUCCACACAGUCGGAUUCUGCCCGUACGGACCACGCUGUCAUUUUAUUCACAACCCAGAAGAGCGUAAGCUCGGGGUUGCUUUCGCGGCAGCCGAGCAGGCCAAACUAGCCCGCGAACGUAACGGAGACCACCACCAUGUUGAGAGGCCCAAGCUAUUGCACUUCCCUAGUGCUCCAGUGGGCUCGACAUGUGGUGGCGACUUGACUCCACCAUCAAGCGACAGUCCAACAUCGAUGACACCUCCACCUUCCAUGUACGGCGACGACAUGGCCCAACACAUCAACAUGCCCCUGAGUGUCAGCAUGAUGCAGAGCGUUUUCAACUUCACCCAGGGACAGAGAAACCAUCAAGAACAACCCGAGCUUCCCAAUAUGAUGUCGCCGAUCAUGUCACCCACCAUCAGCGGUGUCAACAGCCCAUUCGGGCCCGGCCCGAUGUCCCCCUUUACUCCCCUUCAGCAGCUGAGCCCGGAAAUCGAGCAGCAAUCACUACCCAGUUUCCCCCCACCCUCCGUGAGCCGUCAGGACAGUAGCGUUUUCUUCCCCGAAUCCAACAAUCUUAAUGACUAUUCACGGAACACUUUCCGCCCCCCAUCUCCCCCAGACUCUCUCUCAGACCCAGAGUCCUCCGUCGAUUCCAUGGGACCGGCUUCCCCUACCCCUCAAUCAAACAUCCCAAUCACCAACCCCAGCUCAAGUUCCUCGGCAAACUUACGGCUCGGCCGUCUUCCCAUCUUCCGCGGGAUGUCCCACGAAGAAAGAUUCUAAACAAGCUUGCAAGGAUAUCCACCUUGAUUAAAAAAAUGGAUGCCAAAAACAGCUCACUUCUUAUUCCUGACGACAUGAGUUGAGAUGUCUUCCCGUUUUUUGUAUGGUCCUGAUUCCAUUGUAAUAAUUAAGGAUUUGUAUAAAAUAAUUUGAUUGUAUUUUAUUAAUAUUAAAAUAUUUGAAAUUGUUAUCUGAAUUAACAUAACAUUUGUUGAUAUUAUCCAUGCUCCAGGAGUUAUACUAUUUAUGAAAAAAACAUUUCUGCACUUAAAACAGACUUAGCCUUUUAUUAUUAAACGGACCAUGCAAGUCAUUUAUCAUUUUUCUCUUACUAGAUUAUUUAAUUGUUAUUUCUUUGUAUUGUCGAAAUUUGUACUAUUCAAUGCCGAGCAUAGUAAUGUUCGCAGUAAGUUUUAAACCUGCUUAAGUGCACCCCUUUCUUAGUAUUUAAGUUAUCCUUCUUAUUUAUUUGAAAACAUUAUUAUAUGCAUUUGGUGAAUUUAUAAUGCCCAUAUUUAUCAGGUUUUACGAUGAUUAGAUAUAUUAUUAUAUAUUAUUAUUAUUGUGAUGUGACGCUUGUGUUUUAAAUUAUAUAAACUGUUCUCAAAUUUUGUUGUCUUUGACGCCGUUAGAUGAGUACUCAAGUCGCGUUCAGUAUUUUUUACCUUUUUAUUGUUUGCCCGAAGAUUUCAGAAUAGAAAUCUAAACUUUGGGUUUUUAUUCUGUCAAAAGAGAUUUGAAUUAUUCUUUUUUUUUCCGGAAUGUCUUUUUGGAUACGUGAGAUGUGUAUGAAAGAAACCAUUCCGCGGUUUAUAUUACCAUAAGGUUACAUAAUUUAACUUUGUUAAUCACUUUUUUUAACUCGAAAGCUUUUUACAUAAAAUGUGAUUGAUCAUGUGUCUGGGAACUCUAUCUGAGAGAAUCAAUAGGUUUUGUAAAUAUUUCACUCUCUGGUAGAUUUCUAAAACACACUUUCGUUGAACAUUUAACUGUAAUGCAAACCUUAUUCAUACCCACUUUGUGCAAAAAGAGAAAAGAAAGAAAAACAACUUUUACAACUGUAAAAACAAAUUGUGCCACUAUAGGGUUUAUGCAACUCGUGCAACAUAACGGUAUAUAUCAUCGACGCAAAGAUUUCAGCUUGUGAUUGUACUAAAAUUAUUAACAAUUUAUAACUUAAACGACCUUGUAGCCAGAGUAAUUUAAAAAAAGAAUUGCAUUAUGUUUUGAUGAAACUAAGUUUGACAAUUAAUUUAUUUGACACAGGUAAAUUCUACCAACCCUUUACGAACUUUUCACACGUAAUUCUUAUAAUGGUCCCCACGUGUUAAUUUCUUUCUGAUUUCUUUCCACUGGUGAUGAAACGACAAGACUCGAGUUGCAAUAUUAUGUGGAACUAUAUAAGGACGAAAUUAAACAAAUCCCAAGAAAAACAAAUGGGUCUUCCGUCGAAAUUUUAAACCAAGAAAUUUGAAAGAUUUGCAUUGCAUUAAUUAAGAUGGUGCCAGAAGUUUGUUUCUGUUGAUAUAUGUUGAGAUUUUGAUACACAAUGUUUAAGCAAACACGUUUCAGUUUUGUGUUCAGUGCUUCCAAAGUAAAACAUUCCAUUUGUCAGUUUUACAGUUCUCUCUAUUAAAAAAACCCGAUCCAACCACGAUUGCUCUUAUAAACUUCCAUUCCGAUUUUAUCGUGUUGUUGUAUUUAACUUUGAUUUUAAGAAAAGACAAAACACCAAGCUAUGCAAAUUUGACUAACAUUAUUCCUAUAAUACACUGCCGCUUGGCGAGGGCCUUGCAAUAACGUGUUAAUGUUAUUAUUGUACUUAGUUAUAAAUUAUUUAAGACGAAUUUUUAAGUUGACAGUUUUUCAUGUCGAUAUUUUUUGAAGUGUGUCUCGGCUAAUAAAUAACACAAAAAGUGCCUUUUUUAGAGUUUGAAUUUGAAAAGCCCAAUGUUGCCUUUUUCUUGACACAACUUUUUUUCUGACGUGGCUUUAUCUCUGUAUUUAAAAAGGUUUUAUUGCAAAAAAACAACUACAGGAUCCGAAGUGCCUGCUAAUUAAAAAAAACAUUUAACAGAAAAACUGUUUUAUCCAGUGCAACAUAGUUUCUUAAGACUACGAGUAGUUGAUAUUUUUAAGAUUGUCAGCCUUUUUCAGAAGUUCUUAACGCAAAUUUUAGCUUUAUAAAUCUUUGAAUAUUCCCUACAUUUUUGCGCAUGGGCAAUAUUUGCUCAUGCGCAGAGGAUGGAUUUUUUCGACUGUUAAAAUGAAAUUCAGUCGUUGGUUUGUAUUGUAAUGUAUGUAUCUGUGUGUUAAAAGCAUAUUGUGUUGAAUAUGAGAUAUUAAUGUUAAAUUAAAAAUGCGCAAAAUAUUUGAGAAAUGA